CCUAACCUAAACUCGUACCGCCUGAAACUUCGCCAGAAACAGCAUCUCUUGCACGUUGUUUUGACGUUUCGUAUUCGGACGAAGUUACGUGGUUUAUAGAAAAAAAUGCUGCAUCUAAGGCAGCUUGGAAUUCGAUUUGCUAGUACAUCAACAGCUUCGGGGUCAACUAAAUCAGGGAAACUGUUAGAUUCAAUUAUAAGAGUAGAUCAUGCUGGAGAAUUGGGAGCUGAUAGAAUAUAUGCUGGACAAAUGGCUGUCUUAGGUAGGACUCCUGUUGGCCCAACUAUUCAGCAUAUGUGGGAUCAAGAAAAGCUACACCGUGCAAAAUUUGAAGAUUUGAUUAGAAAAUAUCGUGUAAGGCCAACUGUACUAACACCAGUUUGGAAUGUGGCUGGAUUUGUUCUUGGUGCUGGUACAGCACUUAUGGGAGAAAAGGCAGCUAUGGCUUGCACUGUAGCUGUUGAAACUGUGAUCACAGAGCAUUACAAUGACCAACUACGUACUCUGAUGGAAAGCAGUGAAAAAAUAGAUGAGGAGAUAUUAGAAACUAUUAAAAAAUUCAGAGAUGAAGAGCAAGAACAUCAUGACACUGGUAUAGAUCAUGGUGCAGAACAAGCACCAUUUUAUCAAGCUUUAACAAAUAUUAUUAAGUUUGGCUGUAAAACAGCUAUAUCAAUAUCAAAAGUAAUAUAA